CACCAGGUAAAGAGAAUGAGCGGCGGUUACCCGGCAUGCAUUGCGCGACGAGGGCAGCCUGGCAGUGAGCAAAAACAACAACAGGCUACUUUGCAAAGAAAGCUGCUACAUGGACGGCGACCCAGGAGCUCGCUGGCCCAGGCGUGCAAUGAUCUCGUCCUAAAUGCAAACAUGCACCCCAGCGCUAUGAUCAACGGCGGCGGCGGCGGUGCCAUGAACACUGGACUCCCAGCUUCACCUGCUUCGCUCGGGAGUGCCGGGAUACCCAACGUCAAGGUGAAGUUUUGCCGCUACUACGCGAAAGACAAGACCUGCUUCUAUGGAGACGACUGUCAGUUCCUGCAUGAGGACCCGUCAAUGGCUGGCUUGCCGCUGCACGGCGGCGGGAGCCCCGUCCCGUUGUCUCUGCCCGGGGGUGGCGGCACGCCAGCGGGGUAUUCCCACGGCGGCUCGGCGGCCUCUUGCCCAGGCGGCGGCGGCGGAGGGACCGGCGUGCCCAAAAAGAGUGAAAGCAUGGGGCCUGCAGGGACACCCCUGGACGGGUCGCUGUUAACCAUCCCAGGGAUGGAGGGAGCAACGCUAAGCGAUGCCAAUCUUACCAACUCUUACUUCAGCAGCAGCUUUAUUGGGGUGAAUGGAUUUGGAAGCCCUGCAGAGUCCAAAUACUCCAUGAUGCAGCGAAUAACUACCAGCAGCAGCUCUCCCAGCCUCCUCAACGACGGUGCCAAGAAUUUCAGCCACAGCGCUCAUGAUUCAGUGAACUCCCCGACAUCGUCACUGUUCAGCGAUUUUGGUGCUCUCAGCAUUUCCCAAAGGAGAAAGGCUCCCAAUCCGACAGCAAGUGAGUUCAUCCCUAAGGGAGCUCCACGAAUGGCCACCAUGGCCCAGUCUUCUGUCCAGGCUUUCCCGUCGCCUCUCUUCGCUCACCCAGGCCUCAGCAGCUCCACAGCGGCCGCCUUAGCUCCAGGCAUGUCACUAUCAGCGGGAUCGUCCCCCCUUCACUCCCCGAAAAUAACACCCCACACCUCGCCCGCCCCACGUCGGCGCAGCCACACCCCAAACCCGGUCAACUACAUGGUGCCCACCACGGCGUCUGACCCGAACGCUCACAUCAUCCAGAAGGAGACGGUGGGGGGGACCACCUACUUCUACACGGACAACACCCCGGCGCCGAUGUCUGGGAUGGUGUUUCCUACCUACCAUAUCUAUCCCCCCACCGCGCCCCAUGUGGCUUACAUGCAGCCCAAAGCCAAUGCCCCGUCCUUCUUCAUGACCGACGAACUCCGACAGGAGUUGAUUAACAGGCAUCUGAUAACCAUGGCCCAGAUCGACCACUCAGAGAAUUCAGACGUACCUUCCGAGGUGGACAGCUACCACAGCCUGUUCCCUCUGGAGCCCCUCCCGCCGCCCAACUGCCUGCAGAAGACCAGCAACUUCAGCUACUUCACGUCCUGUUACAAGGCGGUCAACAGCAAAGAUGACCUGCCGUACUGCCUGAGGAGGAUACACGGUUUUCGCCUUGUCAACACCAAAUGCAUGAUGUUGGUGGACAUGUGGAAGAAGAUCCAGCAUUCGAACGCCGUAACGCUGAGGGAGGUCUUUACCACGAAAGCCUUUGGAGACCACUCAUUGGUGUUCUCCUACGAUUUCCACGCGGGUGCAGAGACUAUGUUCAGCAGGCACUUCAACAACCCAGCAGCUGACUCCUAUUUCACCAAGAGGAAGUGGGGGCAACAUGAUCCCCCACCACCGCGGCAACACGCCGGCCUGCUCCCAGAGUCUCUGAUCUGGGCCUACAUAGUCCAGCUCAGCUCCGCCCUGCGCAGCAUCCACACAGCGGGCCUGGCGUGUCGCGUCAUGGACCCCAGCAAGAUCCUCAUCACUGGCAAGACCAGGUUAAGGUUGAACUGUGUCGGCGUGUUUGACGUCUUAACGUUUGACAACAGUCAGACCAACCACCUUGCCCUGAUGCCACAGUACCAGCAAGCCGACCUGGUGUCGCUGGGCAAGGUGGUGCUGGCGCUGGCGUGCAACUCGCUGGCUGGCAUUCAGAGGGACAACUUGCAGAAGGCCAUGGAGCUGGUGUCCAUCAACUACUCUUCAGACCUCAAGAACCUCAUACUGUAUCUGCUGACUGAGCAGUCCCGCAUGCGCAGCGUCAACGACAUCAUGCCGAUGAUCGGGGCUCGCUUUUACACACAACUGGAUGCGUCGCAGAUGAGGAAUGAUGUCAUUGAGGAGGACCUGGCCAAGGAAGUGCAAAAUGGCCGCCUCUUUCGUCUCUUGGCCAAACUGGGCACCAUCAAUGAGAGGCCAGAGUUUCAGAAGGACCCAACGUGGUCGGAAACUGGCGACCGCUACCUGCUGAAACUUUUCCGGGACCACCUGUUCCAUCAGGUGACAGAAGCCGGGACGCCCUGGAUCGACCUCAGCCACAUAGUCUCCUGCCUCAACAAACUGGACUCGGGCGGUCCCGAGAAGAUGAGCCUGGUGUCGCGGGACGAGAAGAGCGUCCUGGUGGUGACUUACUCGGACCUGAAGCGCUGCUUCGACAGCACCUUCCAGGAGCUGCAGGCGGCCGCCUCCGGCUCCCUGUAGCGCCCCCUGCGGGGUGUGGAGCGCACAAUUGCACUACGGCGGACAUCCGGGGGCUCGUGGUGACAUCGGCAUGGCGAAGGCAAAGCGGGGCGGGGCUUCGUGAACCUCAGUCACAUACACUGUCCACCUACCGGGAAGGCUUUUUUUUCUAAAAGUGUAUUUUUUUUAGUUUUCCCAAAAACAAAAAGGACAGGAAAAAAAAGGACGCCAUUUGUGACAUUUUUUAGAUUUGGGGAACAAAGCGAGAAGCAAACCUUUGUGGUUUUUUGAACUAUUUUUCCUGCUUUUAUCCUUUCUUUCUACCGCUGUGGUUUCUCUUGCAGAGGAGGAUGCACAAAGAUUUUAAUUUUUUGGUUAUUUUUUUAUGAACACGUGUGAGAGGCCUACAGGGUGCACAGUCACACAAGAUCCUUUUUUACGGACCGCAUCAUGGGAGGGGCUUUCUUUUGGACAUCACAGGACGCGUCGACAAGGACUAACCACUUGAGGUGCUGGAAAACGGGACACGGACG